GGUUCACGUUGAAUUAAUAUUUCAUAAGCACAUUUUGAUAUCGUCAGCAAUAUAAGCUAGAGUGCACUAUGCUGUUCCUUCUAGAUUUAUUCCGUUUCCAGGAUGGACAAAUCGAACGGUUUUGCCACUAACGUUGGCCAGAUUUUCGGACAGCAACUUUACGACUCUUAUCGCAAAGAGGGGAAUGAAAAAGGUCCCAGUCUGUCUCCACUACGUUUACUGUACAGCAUUCUUCUACUCGGAGCCUAUUUGGUUGGGUUCUUCAAGUCGGUGGAAACGAUUUUUCUCCCAGAUCGAACAAUUAAGAGUCCUAGCAUCUUCAAGUUUGGAAAAAUGACUCACGUAUAUUCCGGUGUUCUGGCCACGGUGGUUUGUGUUAUAUUUCUUUUCCGUACUGAUCGCAUGAGGUACUUCUAUCAAGCGGCAAUCCACGAAAACACGGGGAAAAUCAACGAUCGUUUUUACCAAUUCCGGAAAAUGGUUGUACCAUCCAAACGGUCGCUGCUGGUUCCAGUGUCAGUGGUUAUGUUAUUCGUUGUGUCGCUUUGCGAAUGUUAUGCGCAGUACAACUCUGCCAACUAUUUCACGUUCGUGUCACUCGUUUAUCCGCUUUGGCUGUUUCAUGUAACGAUUCUGCAGUUUACUACAUUAGUGAAGUCGACACAAAGCAUAUUGACCAAACUAAACUGGAUGCUUGAUGCUUUUAUAGAAAGCCUGCAGAAGCAAAACGCCGGUGGCCAGCAACCAGCCGAAAAGGACAUCUUCGAAAAGGUUACUUUUGUAAAUCAAAGGACGCCGGUUUCUAAUCAUGAACAUAUCACUAGCGAACAGCUUACAGAAAUGUUUAUCAUUCAUGAGAACGUGGCCAAGCUGGCGGAAUACAUCAAUGCAGCAUAUUCGCUACAGGUGAUAGCGAUCGUUUCAGUAGCAUUCGUAAAUAUGCUAUUUGCGUUCUUUAUCGAAACCAAGUUACUCUUCUGGAACAUAAACAUGACGGAUCUGAUUGUACAAGCGGCGCGUUAUGGCUUUGAAUGGAUUCCUGGGUGUUUGCUUAUCUACUAUAUGCUAAUUGUAUGCGCUUCCACACAUACCGAACUUUUCAAAUCAGCAACAUUGUUGCAUAAACUUCUGCAGUACAAAUCAAACUUCUUUAUCGAUGAUCAGCCGCUUUUUGAACGAGCGAAAGCCAUCGCACUGCAGUUGUUGCACCGUAAAAGAGUUUCGCUUUUCGACGGCAGUGGGCUGUUCAAGCUGGACUUUACGUUCAUUUUCUCGAUAUUUAGCGCUGCAACGUCAUACUUGAUCGUGCUACUACAAUUCGAUCUAUCGAAAGAUCUACAGAAGGCUACACUUUAGGCUUUAUUGAACAAUGCAUUAUCGUGUGAAAUGAGAUGAUUAUUCUUCAGCGUACUUCUGUUAUAGGUUGUUAUAUUGAAGAAGCCUGGAUCGAGCUGUAGAGUGCUAUUAAAUUAUAACGAAAUAUUGUUUUACAACUUACGAGUAGCAGUUACAGUAGAAACAAAAAAGGGAAAAGAAUAUGUUAUUUAAAUACCACAAUGAGUAGUAGAGUUCAGGGAACUGGUGAACUAGCGAAUGAAAAAACGACACGUGCAUACUUGUUUUUUUUUUGUUUAAAACAAAAAAUGAAAUAUUGAAGUUCGAAUGUGUCUGAAUGUGUGUGAAAUAUGCCCAUGAAAAAGUCGGACAGCUAGAUACCUUCUCGGGAGAAACUAGAAAAAAGAAAUAAUCUAAUAAACAUGAUUUAUG